AUGAUCGAGGACGCCGAACACGCCUAUCGGCGAGCGGUGGAAAUUAUUGAGGUCGCCACCAUUCCUCCCGAUCCGGACGCUCCAAGCCUUCAUAUGUGGCGGUUAAGGCCGAGCGAAGAAGCUGCUUUUUUGAUUCAGCGUUACCUAAAUCCACCACCGCAAUGGGGAAUCAAACUGAGCUUGUCCGCUACAUUUCUCGGUCCAGAAAGGUGUGUCAGUCUUGGGAGGAAACUAAUUUUAAAUAAUACUGUUACGACCUUGGAUUUAUCAAUGUGUGAUAUGCAGGAGGAAGCCGCUGUGGAGUUUUUUCAUUAUUUGAAAAGAAAUCGAUGUUUAAAGCACCUUAACUUGGAUGGGAACCACGUUGGUGAUAAAGGUGCAACUGCAGCUGCAGAAUGUAUUCAUAAUUUGGAAACCUUGCACAUGUCAUGCAAUGAUAUACACGACAAAGGGGCCAUUGCUAUUGCCUCUUUCCUGCGAAAUUCAUCUAAAAUAAAAACGCUUAAUCUACGUGCAAAUUGCAUCACAUUUUAUGGUGCUUACAAGCUAAUAUCUGCGUUGGAGCCGAUACUGGAGCGUCUUUCUCCAGACCUUUUAGAACGUAUUUCUAUAGAGGAACCAGUUUAUUCAAGCGAUUAUGAUGAUGUAUUGAAUUUAUCAGCGAGACCUUCAACUCAAGGAACUUUUGAUGUAAGUGGGGAUAUUGCAACUGAAGAGAGUGCAGAGAAAGCUUCUCACGGAAAACAAAACCGUAUUCCCCCCGAAGAUGUAUAUAACGAAACGCUUCAUACCCUUUGGCUUCGACAUAAUCGUGAAAUUCCUGAGGAACUUUUUAAAAUUGUGGAAACUAUUCUCGCAAAACGCUUUCCUCAACCACCCAAAGGAAUAUCGAAAAAGAAGAUUGCUUUAAAGUCAAAAGGGGAAUAG